AUGUUGAUACCAUAUCAGGAGCGUCCAUCCACUGCAGGACGAGUCACUGUUGCGGUUGGAAUCGGCCUUUUUCUCCAUUCCGCCUACUCGGCUUAUGAAGUUCUUUCGCAGGGCAAGAGCAUCGAUCUGUCAACCACAACUACUGUCUUUGAAAGUAUUGUUCCUCUAGAUAUAAAGCUCGAGACACUCAUUGCCUUCUUUGUGCUUGUUUUGGGAUGUGCUUUGACUACACCCAAGUUGCGCCAGAUCAGCUGGACAUCUCGCAUGCGUGACUCGGAAAUUGAUGUCGCGGAUGCUAGACCCAACUUUGCGAAUGUAUAUCACCGCGGUUCAUGGCUGUUUGCCCCGCGCGAUAAGCUCUGA